AAUUCAUGGGGACAUGACACUGUAAUCACCUUCCCAGUCGCCAUUACAAGGUGCUCAACAAACCCAGUAAGAAGAAUGGCGAAUUCAAUGUCUAAUUCAAUGGCUAAAGCUCUGUGGGUACUGGUAUUUUGUGCAGGAGCUGUAUCAGGGCGAACUCAAUCAUUGUGGGGAGAGAAUGGAAAUUUAGGAGUUCUUGAGGAUGCUAAACAAUGGCGGUACUUGUCCAAGACUUUUCUGAAAUGUAAGGUAUGGCAGGUAGAAGAAACUCUAGAUACAAUAAACUGCCCCUAUCACUAUUACUGCAAUACUACAUAUCCAGGCAAUUACUUGGCUGUUGUGGACUGGUUUGCAGUGCUUUUGGCAGCAGCUUUAUGCCUGUGUUUGAGUGGGGUGAUGAUAUGGGAAGUGAGAGGGAGAUUAUUUGGGCAAGAUUUCAGUAGGGGGAAGGCCAGAUAUUGGGUUCCAUCUGGUCCUCUGCUACUUCCCCUGUCUCUGCUUGUAAUGGCAAAAGGGCAUAGAAUCAAUUCAGUUUUCCCUAUGGCCUACAUGGCCCCUGCAUGGCUUAAACUGCUUCAUAUCUCUGCUCUGGGAUUCACUGGCUAUGAAAUCAAUGGAGUUUCCAAGAAUCUGAAUGCUGUGGUUUUUGAGGUCUCCAUGGCUGUGGGUAUGUUACAUGGGAGUCUCUAUGUGGAUGCAGUCACUCUGCCUUAUUAUACAGGGGUGGAAGCUUCAAUGUCCAUGUCAUCUGGGAUUUGCAGGUCUUGUAUAUGCAGGAAAGAGCCCCUUGUGGCAGGAGGGACUUUCUUCUACAGGGCAUGGUCAUAUGGGAGUUUUGUGGUUUUCUCUGGACUGCUUUCGCGCCUCGCCUAUGGGCUAUGGUGGAAUGAUGGAAAUGCUGAACGUUUCAUCAGUUUGGCCCGUUGGGGACUUGAGUUAUUGGCUUGGGGAUUCACUGCUUGGGAUGUUUUUAAGAUGGGUCACAAUUCCCCUCCUCUGCAACAUGGCCUGCCAUACAAGUCGGUCAUGGCUCCUCUGCUUUUGAUGCUUCUCCUCUGUUUCUACAAACGAGUAUGGAAUUUGUACAGAGAAAUUGAAUCCAAGUAUAACCCAAAUACUAACUACAAAGCACAUUACAUUCCCUGAUUUCUUGAUGCGGGUCAUUUAAUAGUGACCUGUUCUGAUCGAUCAAAUGUACAUAAUAAGUUUUCUGUAUCAGUAUAUGUGAGUGUGAUCUAAUCACUGGUUGCUAUAGUUUGGGUGCCCGAAUUUCUGUGUUUAAAUCGGUUUGAAGACAGCUCCUAUCUGUACAAAAAUCUCAAAAGUACCAGAGAUGAAAAGAGAAAAUGUAAGGAAUGAAUGAAUUCGCUCUGCCAUAUCUCCAAAUGAGGGAAAACAGAGUAAUCAAACAUUCCCAAUCCGCGGUAUGUGACUGUCGGGAUUGAUUUUUCUAUAAUCUUGGAAUAAAUUUUAGCCGUCCGGCUCUGUGUACAGAUCGUCUUGUACACAAUUGUUAUUUUUAAGAAAUUUGCCGUCUAAUUUUCAAAAUGUUAAGGCCUGGCAUCUGACGAAAUUGUCGAAUUGAAGGGCAAAGUUUAAAUUGAUUGAGAUUCUGUUGAUGUUAA